AUGUUUAAUUGUAUAAAUAUAUAUCUCUUUUUCCUUUCUUUUCUUUUUCUUUUAUUUGAUUCUCUUUGUCUUUUUCCUUUCUUUUUCUUUUCUUUUUCUCCGUCUCUUUUUUCUUUCAUUUUUCUUUUCUUUUCUUUCUCCUUUUUCUUUCUUCUCUCAUUUGUUUUGCUUUUCUCUUACUCGUUUUUCCUUUCUUUCUUCCGUUCUUUUCAUUUCUUUUUAUCUUUUCUCUCCUUUUUUUCUAUUUUUCAUUUCUAUUUUACUGCUCUUUUUCCUUUCUUUUCUUUUUUCUUUUACUCAUUGUCUUCUUUGUUUCUUUUCUUUUUUCUUUUCUUUUCUUUUUUCUUUUAUUUUUCACUUUUCCCGUUCUUUUCUUUUUCGUUACUUUUUUCUCUUUCUCUUUUUCUUUCUUUUCUUUUCUUUUCUUUUCUUUUUCUCUUUAUUUUUGCCGUUCAUUCUUUCUUUUCUUUUCUUUUUCCUUUCAUUUCUUUGUCUUUCUGA